AAAUAAAACAAAAGAAGAAGAACCACAUACACUUAAUCGACAACAACAACCACAAAAAUAAGCCAACGCACAAAAACAAAGCAUUUUAUUAUUAUUAUUGUUGUUGCUGUUAUUUACACCUAGUACAUGGGUAUGUACACACGUAUGUACAUAUUUGUAUAAAUAAUUGACUAACUAAAUAACUCACCGACCAACAAACAAUUAUACUACUACGUCGCCACUAUCGUUGUUUUUGUAGUUAGUCGUUUUUCGUUGUUUGAUACAUUUUCAUUAAUUGUUCGUUAUUGCAAAAACAUACCGACAAACUCAGCAAACACACACUCCCAAUCAUACACACGUUGCAACAUAAAUCUAUUUAAUCGGAAAAAUUGUUAAUGCGAGAGUGAGUGAGCUUAGAGGCAGUCAUUAAAUUGGAAUUUUUCCUUAAUAAAAACAUACACAAACUAGUGAAAUAAUAAAAAAACUACAUCAAAUAAUAAACUAAAAUACCUACAAAGUAAACAUUAUUUUAUUAGUGAAGUGUAGUGAAGUGCUUUCGUCUAGGAGUCUAUUAAAAAUACAACAAAGAGUAGAAAAAAAGCAAAAACAAAUUUCUAAAAUAAAGUGUGCUAUUGUACGAGAGAAUUAAAAUGCAAAGUUAUGCUGAUGCACGCUUCCGAAGCUAUGGCUUCGACACCGACAUGGAAAUGGACACAGAGACAGAAUCUCCUACUGCUACUGCUGUUGUGGUGAAAUCGAAAUCAAGAAGCGAGUCCCCUUUGGCUACUGUGGCCGGUCAGCUUCCCAAAACUCCGGGUGCUUUAGAUGAAAACUCAUCGGAUGAUGUUUUGCCCAAUGAAAUAUCUGCACCCUAUGAAGUGCCUCAAUUUCCAAUUGAGCAAAUUGAAAAGAAAUUGCAAAUUCAAAGACAGCUAAAUGUGCGUGCCAUGACCGAUAAACACUCUGUGCAGGGCGAUGUAACCGAUGAUAACGCUAUAAAUCUUAUCGAGCACGAGUUAAUACCAAAUUUUCAACGUGUCUCCAUUUCGGGCGAAGACACCAGCGGUGUGCCAUUGGAGGACUUGGAACGAGCAUCGACCCUGAUUAUACAGGCACUGGAGAUGCGUUCACGUUACAUGUCAAUUUCGGAACAAUCAUUUCCCACAACAACGUCGCGUUUUUUGAAAACCGUACAUGAAAGUGAUCGUUUUAAUAAAAUUCAAUACGAAGAUCGUAAAUCUAUAGCGGAAUUAAUCCGCAAGAUCAGUCUACCAAUGAUCCAUUUACCACCCAGAGAUCAUCCCAUUCAUCCACCAACGGAAACUAGUGAUCCCUGGGAUAUUGAAUUUCCUGCCGAUAAAACAUAUUGCAUUAGGGCUGUGGAUGGUGUUUUCAAUGUGUUCCAAAAUGAGGAAACCGAGGAGCCUUUAAUUCAAAAUUAUCCCAAACUCAAGGAUUUUUGUAAUGACAUGCAAAUCAUGUGCAACAUGAUUGCUGAUGGACCAUUAAAAUCAUUUUGUUAUCGUCGCUUGUGUUAUUUAUCUUCGAAAUUCCAAUUGCAUGUUCUAUUGAACGAACUACGAGAAUUGGCUUCACAAAAGGCUGUGCCACAUCGUGAUUUCUAUAACAUAAGAAAAGUCGAUACCCAUAUACAUGCCGCCUCGUGCAUGAAUCAAAAACACCUGUUACGUUUUAUUAAGAAAACUCUGAAGAAAAAUUCCAAUGAAAUUGUCACCGUUACCAAGGGUCAAGAGAUGACCUUGUCACAAGUAUUUCAAUCGAUGAAUUUAACCACUUACGAUCUGACAGUAGAUAUGCUGGAUGUACAUGCCGAUCGUAAUACGUUCCAUCGUUUCGAUAAGUUCAAUGCCAAAUACAAUCCCAUUGGUGAGUCACGUUUGAGAGAGGUGUUUUUGAAAACGGAUAAUUUUUCGAAUGGAAAAUAUUUUGCACAAAUUAUAAAGGAAGUGGCCUUUGAUUUGGAAGAAUCUAAAUACCAAAAUGCCGAGUUACGUUUGUCCAUCUAUGGCAAAUCGCGGGAUGAAUGGAAGAAAUUAGCCAAAUGGGCCAUUGAUUAUAAUGUUUAUUCAACUAAUAUUCGUUGGCUUAUACAAAUACCCAGACUUUAUGAUAUCUUUAAAUCCAACAAACUAAUGACCUCAUUCCAAGACAUUUUGGACAAUAUAUUUUUGCCUUUAUUCGAGGCCACCAAGGAGCCUAGCAAACAUCCCGAAUUACAUCGUUUCCUACACUAUGUUAUCGGUUUCGAUUCGGUCGAUGAUGAGUCUAAACCAGAGAAUCCCUUGUUCGAUGGUGACAUUACCACACCACCCAAAUGGACUGAAGACGAGAAUCCACCAUAUGCCUACUAUAUCUAUUAUAUGUAUGCAAAUAUGACGGUGUUGAAUCAGUUUAGAAAGGAACGCGGCCUCAAUACUUUUGUCUUACGUCCCCAUUGCGGUGAGGCGGGACCGGUACAACAUUUGGUAUGUGGUUACUUAAUGGCUGAGAAUAUCUCUCAUGGUUUGCUGUUGCGUAAAGUGCCAGUUCUGCAGUAUUUGUAUUAUCUAACACAAAUUGGCAUAGCCAUGUCACCACUCUCCAACAACUCGCUGUUUCUCAACUAUCAUCGUAAUCCUUUGCCGGAAUAUUUGGCACGUGGCCUUAUUGUUUCGCUAUCCACAGAUGAUCCGUUACAGUUCCACUUCACCAAGGAACCUCUAAUGGAAGAAUACAGUAUUGCUGCACAGGUGUGGAAGCUGAGCUCCUGUGAUAUGUGCGAAUUGGCACGUAAUAGUGUCUCAAUGAGUGGUUUUCCACACAAGAUGAAACAACAUUGGCUUGGACCAAACUAUACCCGUGAAGGUGUUGCUGGCAACGAUAUAACACGCACCAAUGUACCCGAUAUUCGUGUUGCCUACCGUUCGGAGACUCUGCUCGAUGAACUGUCAAACAUUUUCAAAGUUCAUCAACAUCCUUUGCUGGAUGUAGCGGAAGAGAGUUCUUAAAAUGUUAACGUGAUUUGUCGUGGAAGCCAUGAAUGAAAAAAAAAACAUCGUUGAAUUAUACCUUUGCGAUGUUUCAAAUUAUUGAAUCUAUGUGUUUUUGUCUGUUAUAUUAAGUGCGAAUUUAUUUGUGUAUUGCUUUUUGUAUAAGAUAUUCAACAAAACUGUUUAAUAAUGGUAACAAAACAAUAAUAAUAAUAAAAAAUUAAAUAUUUUUUAAAAACAAUAAUAAAAUGUUAUAAAAAGAAGAAAUAUAUAUUAACAAUAAAUAAAAA